GUAAAUUCUAAUAUUUGAUCAAAACAAACAGUUAUCUGUCAUCUGCUAAAAUGUAGUCUUUCUCUACUUCAAAUCUGUGGGACAGGCAAUGCUCAGUAUAACGCAAACAUGGACAAUAAUGAUUGCCGUGUGUUAAAGAUAAAGGAAUUAUUCAAAGAGCUACAUACUUUGUUCCCUGACAAACCACUGAAUGUGUUGACGGAUGUAAUCAAGAGCUAUGAACCUCGUAUAAAAUGGGCCACCUCUAGUCCUGAUGUGCAGACCAACAGCUAUAAUACCUGGCUACAGGCCUGUGCUGAACAUUUUCUCAUAUCAGCUGAGCAAACCACAUCUCCUGAUAUACAGUAUGCAUGUACUUUGGGUCAAGCCCAGGAAGCAGUGACAAAUGCAAUGGUCCAACAAGUUGUGUUCAUAUUCCCAGACGCUGAUGAAGACUGGGUCAGAUCGACAUUAAUUUACUCAAAACGACGUUAUGGAGACAACAUUGUUGAUAGGACAUGUAACUAUAUGUUUGAAAACCCUUUCAAAUACCAGAAGAAAAAGUCUGCUCCUGUUUCUGAUUCUAACUCAAGUUUAAGUGGAUCUGAGCAAAGCACAAGAAAAGAUAAACAGAGCACUGAAAGUUCACUGCGUAUUGAUUCCAGUGUGUUAGGAUUAGAUUCCUUAAAUGAUGGGGACCUUUCUUCUCUCUUGCCUUCUGAUUCUACGCAACCAAGAACACAGUCCUCUGGUUCAAUACAAAAUAUUGGGUCAAGACCAGCAAGAACUAUGUUGUCACAAAUACCUUCAACAUCUACUUUGCCCCUGAUGACAGACCCAGAACCAUCAACAUCAAGUUCGUCACAAAGGUAUGUGCCAUUAAAUUCUGAUUUGGCAAAAAUUGUGGAGAAAAAACCGUCAACAUCAGGUUCUCUGCGGAUUGAUUCUGACUUGUUACAACUUGAUUCUUCGAGUGAUGAGGACCUUCCGUCUUUCUUGCCUUAUGAGUUUGAAGCAGCUAGUUCAAGACCAUCUGCAUGUAGUGAAUUGCUUAGUAGUAAUCCAGAACCAUCUGUGUCUGGUUUGUCACAAAAUGGUGAGUCUAAACCAUCAACAUUUGGCUCACCUGAUGUGACAGUGUCAUCAAUACCUGGCUUGUCACAGAGGGGUGAAUCAAGACCAUCAACAUCCAGCUCACCACAUGUGACAGUGUCAUCAAUACCUGGCUUGUCACAGAAGGGUGAAUCAAAACCAUCAACAUCUGGCUCACCACAUGUGACAGUGUCAUCAAUACCUGGCUUGUCACAGAAGGGUGAAUCAAGACCAUCAACAUCCUGCUCACCACAUGUGACAGUGUCAUCAAUACCUGGCUUGUCACAGAAGGGUGAAUCAAGACCAUCAACAUCCAGCUCACCACAUGUGACAGUGUCAUCAAUACCUGGCUUGUCACAGAAGGGUGAAUCAAAACCAUCAACAUCUGGCUCAUCGCAAGUGACACAGUCAUCACUACCUGGUUUGACACGAAAGACUGAGUCAAAACCAUCAACAUCUGGAUCUCUACAAAUUGAUUCUAACCUGUUACAACUUAGUUCUUCUAGUGAAGAGGACCUUCCUUCUUUCUUGCGUUUUGAUUUUGAAGCAUCAGUUUCUAAGCCAAGUCUUUCUCAUGCUGUACACAGUAGCCGGCAAGAACCAUCAGCAUCUGGUGUAUCUGAAAACGCAGAUUCAAAUGCAUCAUCAAGUUCUUCAUCAGAAACUUACCCAUCACCAUCGUCUUACUCUACACAAAUAGCAAACUCAAAGCCAUCCGAGUCUAGUUCAUCAUCACUAUCAGUUGGUUUGUCAUUAAACAUUGGGCCAAACCCUACCAGAUCUGCAUGUCCAUCAUCAGUGAAACAUUCUGGAAGUACUCGAGGAGAGAGACAUGGAGAGCAGGGAAGGAGAAUUCAGCCAUCAUCUGAAUUGUCUCAUGCAUCUUCUUCACAUUUCCAGCAAUCCAUGGCUUCAGGUGAUACAUCAUCUGUCCAGUGUCCACAGCUGUCCUCAACAGGACAGGGAGAUAAGGGCAAGGUGUCUACAAAGAAAGUUGAAUCUAGUGCCAAAUAUCACACCAAAGCACAGGCUAGAUAUCUCGCUGAGCACCUUCAAAGAAAAAUGCAACAGUUAAGGUGUCUGCAGACACUGAAUAGCAGCCCUGAUGCUGUAAGCUCCACCUCAUUACCAGUAAACAGGAAGAGAUCUUCAUCAUUAGAGGGUUCAGGUACCCCAAAUCAGUUCAAGCGGCGCACUGUAUCGCAACCAGUUCUGCCGUCCGCAUCAUCAACAUCAUUAGAAUUGGAUCGUCUGGAUUACCUGCUUUCUAAGGAGAGGUCCCAUCUUGCUAGUAGCAGGAGUCAGUCUUCCACAAGCUCAAACACUGAUCAACUGAGCAGUGGAAUAAAGAGUUUCAAAGGACAUCUCCCACAACCUAGUAUGUAUACCACUGUGGUGAAAGGAAAGAAACUUCUUGUGAAACGCCUCCAAGGUUCUCGUGCUGCAUCGGGACUGCAUCCAAAUCAUCACAGGCCUUAUAAUCGGGGCCAUUUGAGAAAUGCUGAGAUAAAUGUUCCAUGUACAGUUCACUCAGAUGCCAGUCUGUCAAAGGCAGGAGGAACAUCAAGAUCUGUUACACCUGGACAUGGAUCAAAAGUAAGGGAUAGAUGUGCUUCUGUAGUGCCAGCUCCUGCUUCAAGUGACAGAGCACCUCAUAGGCCUGCACCAUCAUCUGAUAGCUCAUCAGUCAGCAUGAGGGAUCAAACAUUGCCUGCUGAAAAUUCCUAUCAUCUGACCAUGACAUCAACCACACCUAACAGUAGAACAACUUCCCCUGGUCAUGCUUCUUCAUCAAGUAUGGACACUGCAUCAAAAAUGGACUCAGUCUUACUCCAAGCAAUGAUGAGACGUGCCAGAUCAUCAAAGUUGAGAAUGGGUGUACCUCAAGCAAGAUCCAUUUCUGCUUCCACACCUACCAGGUCAUCAGGAUCAGCAUCAGAUGCCACAUCUUCCACAUUAACCUCCACCUCUGUGACACCAUCAAGUGGAAGGACCUCUGUCUCGAAUGUUUCAGGUAGAUCUACAACUUCAAAAUCAUACAGGUCAAAAGAUAGAUCCUUUUCAGCUUCAACAGCUGGAAGGUCUCCAAGAUUAGGGAUAUCAACACAGCAUUAUUUACCUUCAACUUCUUCAGCAAGACCUGGCACCCAGAUGUCCUUAUCAACUUCAGCUCCUGGCAGAUCAUCAAAUUCAAGGCUCUCAACACAGCAUGAUACACACUCUUUACCUUCAGCUUCUCCCUUAUCAUCAACGCCUGGCACUAAAGUGUCUAUGUCAUCAUUAACUCCUAGUGGAUCAUCAACUUCAGUGGCUUCAGCACAACAUAGUGCCCCCUCUGCAUCCAUUGGGUUGGAGACUCCAGGGUCACAUGAAAGAUACUUCUCAGUGUCAACGUGUGCUAGAUCAUUAAGCACCUCAGAACUUACAAGAUCUCAAACACCGCCAAGUUCUGCUCGAUUAUCAGGUAGGACAUCAGCCUCAGUGCCUUCAAAGUCCUCAAAGCAAGAGGGCUCACAUGCACCUGUUAAAGCCUCAACAUCAUCAGCCCCUGUUUCUGCUCCUGACUUUAAUUCAUCUAGUUCAGAGGGUUCUUCACUAAUUUCACUGCCUAAGUCAACCUGCAAUGAGACCUCCAUAAAGCCAACGCCUCCUGAUUUGUCAAGUGGUUCAGAAGUCUUACCCCGAGACAUUGGUUUACAGAGUGUGACUUCAGGAUCUGCUUCACCCCAGUCUCCUACGCCCAAGUCUCCGGAUAGCACUAAUAAGAACAUUGUCAUCAUCAAGGAAGAUGCAACAAGUUCAGAAUCCUAUAUAUUGACAUGUGAAAGUUGUUUCCUGAGUAAGGACCCUGAAGGGAUGCAUCAGUGUGGUGACGGCCAUGUUAUUUGUACCAAAUGUGUGGAGGAACGGGCUAAGGAAGCACUCUCAGGGAAGACGUUUGCUGUACUUUGUCCUUGCUCUGAAUGCAUUGCCGUGGUUCCAAGAGAUAACUUAGAAAGAGCCUUGCCUGGAAUGAUCCUGGACUUGCUGGAUGAUAAGUUGCAAACUCAGGAAAGUGCGCUAUCAGACCCAGAUAGGGAAGACUUUGUCAGGUGUCCCAGCUGCAGUUUUGGCACCGUGCUGAAUCUUACAGUGAAAAGAUUUGUCUGUAGAAGCGACAGUUGUAUGGCUGUGACUUGUAGACACUGUAGACAGGAUUGGACGGGAAGGGAUCACAGCCUGUGUGAGAGGGGCAGUAGUGAGGAGUCACCCCCAGAGGGAGCUAAUGCUGAUCUGUCAUUGCAACUCCCGUCUCACUGGUCCACCACCGACAUGAAGGGGAAGAUAUUCAUAAAGGAGCUUGUACAACCCAGUUCUCAGGAAUGGGCCAAUAUCAGAGCAUUGUUCUCAAAGACUCUUGCUGAUGCUCACCUGAAGUACAUACACAGAGUUCAGAAUCCUCGACUGUGGAGAAAAUACUGUGUAACCCGCCAGAAUAUGCUGGAAGAUAAUGGUGAGACACACCUUAAUGAGAAAAUUUUGUUCCAUGGCACAGCACCUAGAGUGGUAGAGAGUAUAUGCCGAGAGGGUUUUGAUUGGAGGAUGUGUGGUCGCCAUGGGGUGACGUAUGGACAAGGAGCCUAUUUUGCCAGGGAUGCCGUGUAUUCACAUCGUUAUUCUGCUCAGGUACAGCAGGGACCGCGAGCUCCCAGAUACACUACACAGCCACUUGAUGUGUGGCAUCAGAUAGCUAGAGGUUACAGGCAAUUACAACGUACCGGUUCGGCGGUGUCUAGCCCCUCAGACAGGAGACCUGCACAGACAAGUAGUACAACCACGUCAGCCUACGCAGGGCAAACACAAUACUCUCCUAAUGUACCAGGUGCCUCAGGAAGUGGUACAUCCACAAGUCUUGCUGCAGCAGCGGCAAAUCAUUUAUCAGUAGCGCCCUCAAGACAGGUGACCUUGCAAGACCCGAACAGAUAUCUUGUGUCCAUCAAUAUCAGCGGGUCAAGACCGCAAGCCAAAAGGCAGGUGAUUGUACCCUCAUCUUUGGUGACCAGGGCUUAUGUGUCUCAAAACCCCUCCACAUCUGGGUAUAACACUAUACAACCAUCCAGCUCAACAGCCGAGGAAGAACCACACAGGCCUAGAGAGUAUACAAUGUUUGUUUCUAAAGUGCUGGUAGGACGGUCAACAAUUGGCAGCGCAGAAUAUCGGAAACCUCCUCGUAAUAACAGUUUUGAUGAUGGUCGAACAUUUGAUUCUUGUGUGGAUAACCCUGAUAACGCUCGUAUCUUUGUGAUAUUUGAUAGCUCUCAGGCCUAUCCAGAAUAUGUUAUUAAUUAUACAAUAUAAUUGUGUUGUUUUUUUUAUUUGGAUAUGGCUGGUUUGCUGUUUUGUCCUCAGUUGUCUCCCAUUUAAUUACUGUAAUCCCUCAACUUUUUCUCAUGGGUGCAAAGUGUUUUUUCAAGCAUAUUCUGAAGGCAUUUGUAGACUGCUAAAAUUUUACUUUUUGUGAAGCCCUGAAAAUGGCCAAUCCAACCAAAAUCAAAUUAAAAAUGCACAUAAAUUGCACUGAAAAUUGGUCUUUCAUAUGCAAAAAGGUUGAAGAAUUAGAGUACAGUUGCUUCCUGCUUUUUGAGGGCAAACAUUUGUGCAGCAUAUUGCUUGUCAAUACAUAAAUUUGGCUUUCGCUGUUUUCUAGAGAUUAGGUCAGGUGUACUAGUGAGACAGCAAUAAGUUAUUAACUUAAAAUGAUAGGUGAAGUCAGUCCUUCAUACAGGCACAGGUCUUCCAGCAACCUGGGGAUGGUCGUGGGUUUCCCCCAGGGCAAAUAGCACCAGUCAAAUAGAUAAAUAAAUAAAUUCUUACAGGCAUAAUCGUUGUGAAAUUUUCUAACAGCAGGUGCAUGUUUGUACAGUGGUCAACUGGCCCAUAUGUUUAAUAUUUUUGUUUUUUUUUAUACUGAUCUGCCUUGAAGUGUACUCUUCAAUGACAUAUUUCUUACUGGUCGUACAUGUAUAUACAUGCAAAUCGUUUUUAGGUUACUAUAAGAUUGAAGCAUUCAAGUAGAGCAUUGUUGUUGUUGUGACAGUCAGUCAGACUUUCACUAGUGAAGUAGUGGUUUCUCUCAUUGUCUAAAUGUGAUCAUGUAACUAAGUAUGAGGUCAGACAAUAAUAAAUGUUAUGAAAAAAUUAUGCUUUGAUGUUACAUUUAACAAAUAUUGAAAAGUUAUGACAAGUAUGUAGAUUAAUUCGCUGUUUUUUUUGAUCUUUGCAUGAUUGUACAUAAUGUUUUGUCUAAAUACUGGAUACAUAGUGAAUUCAUUAAUUAUUGGAUAUAUUGGUUUAAUUCAAACUAGAAACGGCUGCGAUAUUGCCUAUAUGGCAUUAUACCAUGAUCAUUCAUUCAAUCUAGAUGUUAGGUUAAGGCGAAUUUCAUUUUUAGAACAUUGUCUGAUUCUCUUAUUAUAUUUUGGACAUAUGGGUGAAGAGAGGGCAAAUACAGUUCAGGAGAGAUUGUUGCCAUAUACAAUCUAUACCAUUACUGGACACAGCCACCGUUAACGGCUGCCCUCAGUAUUCUUCAGUUCUUUUUUGUCCAGCACUAGUUGUGUGUGUGUACCUUAGAGAAUGUCAUGCUUUAUUUGGUUUUGUUGGUAUGUUUUGUGUGUUUUGAUAUCUAGUAAAGAUAAGCACAAAUUCAGACUGUAAAGUAUGACACCUUGUAGAAAGUCACUAUUGUCUUGUUCUCAGACUCGGGGAAAGCCCAUGUUAAGUGAAUGGCCAAUGGUAAAAGCUAGGAUAUCAAAGAAUGGGGCUGGCCAAUUAACAGACAGACAGUCAGAAUAGCUUAUAGAGUUGGUUUGUUCAGCUGAAAACUGACAGGAUAGUCAAUGAGACUGGUAUUAAUGUAACUGAAACAAAGUAGUUUCUUUGUAAGUUAGUUUUGAGGUCAGUGAUUUGCAUAUUGUCACGGUAUUACAUCUUUUGGAAUGCAUUGUUUCUGAUAAUAAUCAUGCAGACCCGUUUUAAUAAUGUAUAGAACAAUUUGUUAAACUGUGAUACACAGAGUGACUGGGUGUCAAAUAUGGUGUGGAGUGCAGUGUGAUAAUUGGGCCACGUUAUUCUCUCCAUUUGUCAGAUGUGACCGUUCUUUUGCAAAACUUGCCUAUCUUAUUUUCUUGGAGCUUCUGGGACCACUUUCACAAAACUUCGUAAAUCAAUUUUGCAUAACUUUGCUCAUAAAUGAGGUCAUCUUAUGGCACUAUAACCUAGACGUCUUUUACAAAAAAAGUUACGAGAAAUGUGACUUGCAUAGUUUUGUGAGAGUGGCCCUAUACUAUAGGUAUGUGUUAAAUUGUUUAUAGCAGUACAUUAAUUUAUUUUAAGCAGGAAAAAGUAGCUCAAAUGCAAGACUGUAUGACACUACAAACCAUUGGCUCCACUGAAAGUUAUUUGCCAAAGGUUGGUGUGUUUUUUUUAGGUUUCAUUUACCCCACCAUAAAACUGAACGCCAUCGUACAAGGGAAAAAGUGUGGUGUUUAAACAACAGCCUAAUGAAUACCUGUACAUGUCAAAUAGACAUGUAUGGCUUCGGUUAAUACACAAGCUUUUCACAAUGUUACAUAUAUCUAUAACUAUAGAUUAAGGUAGAAAAAAUUCAUUUUAUUAAAACUAAACUAUUUGAGGCAGUUAUAUGCGAGCGGAAUGGCAUAAGAACUUUGUGUGAUGUUUUUUUGUCAGAUAUAUGUAUUUUGACCGUUCAUGUACAUGGGGAUUGAAAUACAUUUAUGAUGUAACGAGACGGUGACGACCUUUAGCAAAGGAUAUCUUCGCUUUACAUAGCUUAACUUAAAGUGUUACAUAGAAUAUAGAAAACUAAUUAAAGAUAAUUAGAUUAAUCUUCUAAAUUGUGAUCCUGGGUGGGCUUGGGUGUCCAGUGUUGAGAAUUAGUAAUAUUCUGUUGGUAGUUAUACAUGUAUCUGUACUCAGAUACUGCCGUGGUAAGAGAGAGGGAAGUAGCCGGAGUCAAGCCUCGACAUCAGUUUGCUCUGGGACGUCACUUAGUUGUAACUCAAAAACUAUAUUGGUACGUGUCAUUAUUGUGAUAUUGUAACUAUAGGAAUGGAUUAAACAUGUAUUGAUUCCCUAGAUGCCUGGCCUUGCUGUAAUAUUUUUAAGAGCUUGUGUGCAAUUAUGGGAGAAUUUCGUUAUCUGUUCGUGACAGUUAUGUGUUG